AUGCAGACACACAUACAUAGAGAGAGCGAUGAAGAACAGGGCCAAGAUGAAGGCGAGAAGAAUGAAAGCAGUGGAUUGGCUGUGUUGGGGAAAGAUGUAGGGGAAGUGGUGACAAGUUGGUUGUACAGGCCUGUCAUGUCUUUUGUGGAGACACUAUCGUUACCCGAAUAUGAGGUGACACUGCAGCUGUAUGAAAGCCGUGGGAGACGACGCUCGGCUUGUCACGUCCUUUUGUGCGGCAUGCUGUCGUUGUUUGGUACCGAUGAAGGGCGAAACGUUAUUGUCAGUGGCAUUAAUGGGACUAAAGGUGAUAUUUAAUGAAGAGGGCGGCGAUUGCUGAAGUACCAAAAGCUUGCCAUUGCAGUGUCCCGUUCAUUAUUGCCUUUCCUUUGAUAUUACGCUCUGUCUCAAAUGGAAAUAAGGUGAAGAUUUCGAGUGCCCA